UAAAUGUUGACCUUCAGUUGACUAUUUGGACGGAUUACCGUGAUAAUUUUAAAUCAAACAGUUUUGCAGAAUUCAUUGUUUUACUGCUGAAGAUAUUUCAUGACUGGCAACGUUUUACACCUUGAUAACAACAGCUACAAUUAGUGUACUCUACUACCUACCACAAUAACACAGUCGAUUAUGUAUAAUGUGAACACAUCAACGUAUUCUCCAUAUAACCAUAAUCUUAUUAUUUGAAAAUUACCGUUAAUGGAUCCGUUCCGUUUUGUCAAUGAAUUCUAUAGAUUAAAUCUAACAACAAGAUUAUCAAACUAUGGUUACAUAUAUUAUGCUGAUCUUUAUUCUUCAAAUUCAUUCAUUUUGGAUAUUUUAAUCAGUUUACUAUGUAUUGGUGGUAUUCUGUCAAAUUCUCUUUUGUUUAUCGCCCAUAUAUGUGCUAUAUUGUAUGCUAAGAAGCAUCUGUAUCAAGUGCCUUAUCCGACAUAUCUACAGAAAGUGUAUAAAUGUUCAUUUUAUCGCCGAUGUAUGCGUCGAUUAUAUUUAAUAUUUUGUAAAUGGCCAGUAUCCUAUAUUGUUCUGCCAAUUACUUCGUGUUUACAAUGUUUGUUUUGUUAUGAAUGCAAAAGUAACGUUAACAAAAUAAUGACAACAAAGCAUACUAACGCUACAAUUACAACAACUGCUAACAUUAAUACUAUAACUACCUCUCAAAGUACACUUAUUCCACUGUCAACAGAAAAUCACAAUAGUAUGAUAUCCGUUAAUAAUAAUGUAGUAAUUGAUAUGAAGUUUGAAGUGCAUUGGCCCGGUGUUUCAAUUCUCAAACCUUUAUCUGGUAGAGAUCCAAAUUUGGAAAAUAAUUUAUUAUCAUUUUUUCGAAUGAAUUAUCCUACAUUUGAAUUACUAUUUUGUAUAACCGAUAAAGAAGAUCCAGCCUAUGAACUUGCUGAACGCUUAAUUACACAGUAUCCACAUGUUGAUGCACAAAUUAUCAUAGCCAAAGACUUGUUCGGUAUCAAUCCAAAGAUUAAUAAUUUGCAAGCUGGCUAUGAGGUUUCCAAGUAUUCGUUGUUAUUGAUAUCAGAUUCAGGUUUGUGGAUGUGUUCAGAUGCAUUGAUGGAUAUGGUAUCAUCAUUAGGAGUGAAUCCGAAAGUUGGACUCAUCCAUCAAGUGCCUUAUAUGAAGCCAUAUAAUGGAAUUUUACCAUCUACACGAGACACAAAUAUUGUAUUGCUUCCAGAUCGCCCUAAACAUAACAUUUAUAAUAAUGCCUAUGAAAGAUCAAUAAGUGAAAGAAAAUCAAUAGAUUCAGGAUAUAUUCCAACCGUUUGUGAACAACCAUCAUUUACCUGGGUUGUACAGUUGGUGUUUUUUUCAUGUUGGCAUGCAAAAGUCUAUUUACUUGCUUCAUUUCUUAAUGUGAAUUGUGUAACUGGUAUGUCAUGUUUACUACGUAAGUCAACAUUAAGUGAUUCCGGUGGUUUUAAACAAUUUGGCUGUUAUCUAGCAGAAGACUUUUUCCUUACAAAGUAUAUAUCUAGUCAAGGUUGGAAAAUAUCUUUAUCUCAUCAACCAGCUUGGCAAAAUUCACCAUCUCCUUGUUUAUAUCAAUUUUAUUUAAGAAUAUUACGUUGGUCACAGUUAAGAUUAAGUAUGGCACUUUUGAGUUUUGUAUUUGAACCAUUCACAAGAUGUCUGCCGAAUGCUUUAUUGGGAGCUUUUACGUUUGCUUAUAUUUUUCCAAAUUUCAUUGAUCCAGGUGUUUAUUUUAUGUGUUAUGUCCUGAUAUGGUUUUUGUUAGAUUAUAUAUUAUUACGUCAAAUUUAUCCGCCGGCAACUCCAAUGUGUAUUACAAAAUUAGAGUAUCUUGUAGCUUGGUUAUUUUCUGAAUUGUUGGCUUUUCCACUGCAUUUAACCGCAAUUUGUUUUCGUGAAGUACGUUGGCGUGAUAAACGAUUUCGUAUACGAUGGGGUGGGAUAUCCGAACGAAUUGAACAACAAAAUUUCAUGUAAAUUAAAAAUAAGUUCUGUUGGAUAUGUGAAUUUUUUUUAAAAAAGCAACAACACUACAAUGUAGAUUAUCAAUCUAUUGGUGUAUUAUUUAUUUCUGUUAUUUUGAACACUAAAUCUUCUUUUUUCACUUCAAAAUGACUUUAUUUUAGGGAUUGAAACUUUUAUCUUCGAUAUAUGUAAACACUAUUACUUCGGUUUAUCUUCCCGUCUUUGUCUACAUUCUUGUUGUUAUUUUUUAUUGUGGUUAAUAAUAAUGAGACCUAAAAGAUUGUAAAUAUAUAAAU